AUGCUGCGCAUUGGUGGACUUGGACGUGGCGUGCAUGCUGGAGUUGUGGCGACCACGGUGGCGGGGGCUGUCUGUCGCGGCUACGCGUCAGAGGCUGGCUCGGCCGAGCAUGCGGCGCUGAUGGGGGUGGCGGCGGGCAGCGGGACGUCGAGUGCAAACUUUCCGAUUGCCAAGGCUGUGCAGGGGCUGGGCAAGUCGCCGACGUUGGCGAUCAACGAGCUGAGCGCGGCCAAGGUGGCGGCCGGCGAGGAUGUGGUCCGGUUUGGCUUUGGCCAGUCGCCGUUUCCGGUGCCGGGCGAGCUUGUGGAGGCUCUGCAGCGGCACGCGGCGCAGAAGGACUACGAGGCGGUGCAGGGCCUGGCAGCACUGCAAGCCUGCGUGGCAAGCGAGAUGGCCGGGCGGAUCGGGCGCCCGGUGGCAGCCGAGGACAUCAUGGUCGGCCCGGGAUCGAAGGAGCUGCUGUUCAAUCUCCAGGUAGCCAUCGAGGGCACCAUCAGCAUUCCGGCGGCGUCGUGGGUCUCGUACCUUCCGCAGAGUCUCAUUGCUGGGCGGGCGAUCGAUGUGGUGCCGACGGCACGGGCUGACGGGUGGAAGCUGACGCCCGAGGUGGCCGAGGCGCACUUUGUGGGCAAGCCCGGGACCGACUCCCGCGCCUCGGUCCUCAUCCUCAACUACCCGUCGAACCCGACGGGGCUCUCGUACUCGGCAAGCGAGCUGGAAGCGCUCGCGGGCGUCUUCCGCAAGCACAACGUCAUUGUGCUUGCGGACGAGAUCUACGGCAAGGUCCACCACACCGGGCAGCACGCGUCGCUGGCGAGCGCGUACCCGGAGGGCACCAUUGUCUCGGACGGACUGUCCAAGUGGGCGGGCGCCGGCGGGUGGCGACUGGGCCACUUUUGCUUCCCGCGCGAGCUCCGGUGGCUCCGCGAUGCCAUGCAUGUGGUGGCGUCGGAGACGUUUUCGGCGACGUCGGCGCCGAUCCAGUACGCGGCGACAGCGGCGUACCCAGGCGAGGCGUCCGAGCCGCUGGCAGCGUACCUCGAGGGCUCGCGGGCGGUGCUCAAGGCGGUCGGCGGCUACGUGGCCGACGCUGCCAACGCGGCCGGUAUGGCGACGCCGAAGCCUGAUGGCGGCUUUUACGUCUUCCCGUCGUUCAACGACGCGCACGGCGAGUGGCUCGCUGACGCCAAGGGCAUCUCGACCAAUGUCGAGCUCGCGCACACCAUCCUGGCCGAGACGGGCGUCGCCAUGCUGCCUGGUGCGCCGUUCUCUGUCCCACACGACGAGCUCUCGCUCCGGCUCGCGUUUGUUGACUUUGACGGCGCCGCCGCUCUUGACGCAUACGCCGCAACCGGGCACGUCGACGUGGCGGCUGUGGCACCCAAGGUUGUCCGUGGCAUGGACCGGCUUGCGGCGUGGUGCGGAGCUCGGUGAGUAAAACAGGCAUGGCA